AUGGUGUAUCGUGGUAAGCCAAGCAGUGCCUGUGAGCGCUGUCGCACUCGUCGCUUGAAGUGCGAUCGAGGGUCCCCAGCAUGCACCCAGUGUAUGCGGGCCAAGGUUGACUGCCCUGGGUAUCGAAAUCUAGUCGACUUAGGCUUCCGUGACCAAAGCGAGGAAGUAAUCCGCAAGUCUCAACGCCUCACACGCAAGCACACAGUGCCCAGUGUUACCAGCACUGCUGCAUCAGCCGAUGAUGAAAGUGGCGUACCUUGGCCUCGACGCAGCCCUGCUUACCCAAUGCAGGAGCUAGCAAAGGGCUAUGUCUUUUCUAAUUACAUGGCCGGAGGACCACGUGGGGGCCAUAUGCCAUAUUUGGUGCCUCUGAUCAAUGACCCGCGAAAUUCGGCGGUUAAUGCUGCCCUAAAUGCCGUUGGGCUGGCUGCCUUAUCCAACAUUCGUCUGGCCCCACAGAUGAUGUUGAAAGCGAGGCGCGAAUAUACCACCGCCUUAUCACAGACUAAUCAUGCCCUGAAAGAUUCUGUCAUGUCAACGAGAGAUGACAUCUUGGCAGCAGUGGUAUUACUGGGCAUGUUUGAAGUGAUGACCUGCACCGACGACUUAUUUAUCGACCGCUGGAUGAAGCAUAUGGAAGGUGCUGCAAAGCUGAUCGAGUUUCGGGGCCCGGAACAACUGACUCGACGGGAGGGGUUGGAUAUGUUCACCCAGUUACGUACACAGAUUACCGUCAGCAAAAUUUACCAAGAAAAGUACAGCUCGCCAAUAAUUGCCCAGCUCACGGAGGAUGCAAAGCAAUACCGGAACCCUCAGGACCAAAUCCAGGAUGAAUUAGGGCUUUUGGUUAUCCGGCUCAGCAAUUUCUGCGCAUCCCUGAAGAACAAAAGCAUCACGGAACCUAGCGAGAUCCUCCGUACCGCCUUGACCAUCGAUGCGGAACUUAUGUCACUGUUUAUCAAUGUUCCCCAUCCAUGGAAUUACAAAACUGUCAAGAUUCCAAUGUUUGAUGGGGAACCACUCACCAAAGCUGUUUGGGGGGACAGUUACCACGUAUACCACAGUCUGACCGCAAGCAGCAUCUGGAACAAUUACCGAUCCGCCCGAAUUAUCAUUCAUGAACUGAUUAUUGACACCGUGAAUGACCUCGAGUCCUCGGGGUACGAUGAGAAUGGUCGUCAACAACGGUCCAACUUGGCCGGUCAAAGUCGUCAGAUCGCGCACCAACUCGUGGAAGACAUCUGUGCCAGCGUUCCAUUCCAUCUUGGUGCAGGCAUUGAGGACAGCUAUGAAUUUGAAGAUUCCAGUCCAGCAGCCAGGGACGUAGCAGAUCUCUCGACUUGGGAUCUCUGGCCUGAAUUGCUUCCAGUCACGCCAUCAUCAUUGUCAUCGAUGGAAUCUACGGGAGCGUCAUUCUCUAGUACAAGUCCUCUGCAAAACUCCUUUACGAUAUGCCCGACGAGCCCCAGCUCAGGAUCCGGUUGGAAGUCCCCUUCUAGUCCUUUUGAGGCAACAGGGGCAGGAGGUGUCACCCUGGUCUGGCCGCUGUUGAUUGCCGCAAACUCAGGCCUUGCGUCGAACGAUCUUCGUAAAUGGAUAGUUCUCUGCCUCGAUAAGAUUGGACAUUCUAUGGGCAUCAACCAAGCGCUGGCUAUGGCCCAGCUGUUGCGAAAGGGGAUGCAUUCGCGAGCCUGGUUAUCACCCGAGCAAGGGUCUCCGAGCUCUGAUAAUCAGAGAAAACAUUCAUCCGUCGAAGUCUAA